AUGGUCUCAUAUAUGGCCUUGAUUGUGGGAGAGGAUGACGGUGGCAACCUGUUCACUCCGCAGCAGUAUGAAGAAUACAAGAGAAGAGUGGUCCCCAUGCGCAUGCAGAAUCGCCUCUAUGUGAGCUUCGGGGCCCCUGGGGGCAUCGACUGCAAAGCCAUUGGCCCCGAGAGCCCCUGCUUCUGCACGCACAGGUACAAGCAGCACCAGACUGAGCUGGAAGAAGUGCCCACACAGCGCCCCCUAUUGCUGCCAUGUCGUGUGCAGGGCUGUGUGUGCUCAGAGUACCAGUAUGUCCCCCACAUGGGCUCCAGGCCAGUACGCUGCAGCUGCAAACAUCUGCCCCAGGACCACGCCGCCUCCUCAGGACACCCCUGUACUCGAUGCUCAUGUCCAGGCUUUCGGAGUCCGUCGGUCUGUGGCUGUGGUCAGCCCUACUCUGCUCAUCGCACACUGGUGGAGAGCAGAGAGGAGAGGCAGGCCCGUGGAGCUGCUUUGGGAUGGGACGUCCCAUACGCUGCCAUGGGGGGGAUAACCGGCUACAGCUCUCUGAUGGACGGGUACCUCAGGGUGGCUCCCUGA